GAAGCAUGAGCAGCUGUGACCACGCUGGAUGUUGAGUGAACUGCUGCCUCUUGUCCAGGAUGGCUGCCGUGGGGUUGUUCCUCAUCUGGAGCUUGCUCUUACCUGCAUUACUCCUGGCUUUGUACCUCCCUGCUCCAGAGAACUCAACCUGGCACUUGUCUUUGAAUUCUGCCCCAGAGCUGCUUCUGUUGGAAGUUUCCUCCAAAACACCUCUCCGAAGGGCACUAUCAGCCAUUCCCCAUUCAGAUUCCUCUGCCCACGAGUUCUCCAGUGGAGAUGGGCAAGUGAAGAAUGAGAACAGGCGAGGUGCCAGUCCAAUUGGCCACCCUGGAGCUGCAGUAUCUGUGAUGCGGUUCAAGCUUCCUGCAAAGGGGGCACCAGCUGGUUCUUCUGGUGGAAGUUUAGCUCCCCAUCUGACUGAGGAGAGUCUUGCUCUGCCAACUGAAGGCUUUUCCAGUGUUCAGGGAGAAGUUGAAGAUACUGGCAGCAUAACUUUGGAACAAAGCCCAGAGGAGGGGAAGAAAGAAUUCUCUCUUCCUUCUUCUGGCAUGUCAAAGAUAAACAUGUCCCCCUCUGUGGUGGCCCCUCUUCCUGCUUCACCCAGGCUACAGGCCUCAGAAUUAUUUGUCUCCCAGGAGGAAACCUUGCCCAGCCUCCACCAAGCAGGAUUCAAACAUGGCUUCCCAGCAACUACCUUAAGCCCCAGGCCCACAGUGUCCACCAUUCCCUUGGCAACAUUCCCUGUUAACAGAUCCCAUGUCAAAUGGGAGGCAGCUGAGGGUACCAAACCUAAGGGUGGUACUUUAAGGGGACAGCUGCGAAACAGAGUGCCAGAGCAAGAGCUGCUGGGCCAGAAUCCAACCACAGUAAAAUAUUUGGCUUCAUAUAGGAGUAGACAGGUCUACAGUGGCCUCCUAGGCCAGGAGGAACUCUCUACGUCUCCUUUUAGACCUAUAGCUCAGGCAGUUGGAGAUACUCAGAAUCUCCCUGGGCAAGACAGGGACAUACGACCAAUGACUUCCACCUCCCAAGAAGGUAGAGUUACCCCACUGAUUGGGAAGGAGCAGGGCUUUGCCCAUGCCCCAGCAAGCUCCCAUCCACCAGUUUCGGGUGACCACUUCCCCAUCCCUUUCACCCCUUCACCGUCAGGGGUGACCCCCCAAGAACCCAAUCCUCACCUAAGGAGCACUCACUGGAAUCUGAUCAUUGAUACCACCCAGCAGCCAGGACUUUGGGACACAGCUGGGGUGGAAAGGACCGUCUUCCAUGGCAGCUCUGCUACCCCAGAGAUUGGAGAAAGGCAUGAUAUUGCACAGCCCCAACGAGUCAGGGGAGCAGUGAACCCCAAAGUCUCUCUUACGCAUUUUGGCUCCUCUACCCUUGGACAGAGCCCCUCAAAAUUGCAGGAUGAUGCAGGAACCAAGCACUCAGAUGCAGCUCAGAAGCAGCCUUCUGGGCAGAGCAGCACGGUGGCCUCCACUCCGUCUGCCCAUGUUCUGGCUACCCCUCGCCGUGGGUUCAUCCAAGUCACCACGCAAAGAGUCACGCAGCACCCCCAGAUGCCUAAGCCGGAUCCUAGCCUGCCUGCCAUGCACCCUGCUUCCAGCCCACCAUGCCCCGGCCUUGGAAGCACCUGCCGCCAGCUUCUGCCCAACCAGACCCUGCUGCGCUGGGAGGAACUUGAGCACACGCUGAGCUUUGCCUGGGCGCUGCACAUCUACGGCUCCGGGGUACUGUUUCUGCUGCUAAGCCUGUUGAGCUUGGCCUGCCUGGGGGGGGCCCUUUCCUUGCAUGGGUCACAGCUCCCCUACGUCCUGGCUGCCAGUGCCCUGCUCCUGGCGUUUGGGGUGCUGCGGGCCACGUUCUUUCUGGCUGACCCCUACGGCUCCCGGGGCCGGCUGCCUGCCCAUGCUAUGCGGCUGCUCUACACCGCCCCUUUCCCUCUGCUGCUGAGCACCUUCACAGUGCUUCUGCUCCGCCUGCUUCAUCAGGCCCGCCUGCAGGUCUUGCCCCCCAGGUGGCAGGGCUUGCCGCUUUGGGCUGCGGUGAGCUCCCUACAGAGCAUCCUCCUCCUGGGGGCUGACUUGUUCUCGCCUCCAGUGCACUCAGCUGUGCCUGUGGGGCUCCACACCCUUUCCUGCACAGCCGGUCUCUGCCUCCUGCCGGCCACCAUGUUUGUGUACUGGCUGUUGCGGCACAGCCGUGGGACGGAGGGCACCCUGGAGCCAGGCAUAUGGCGGGAGGCCUGGGUGCUGCUGGCAAGCAGCGGGUUGGCACUGCCAUGCUGUGGCCUGCAGUUCUACGGGGUGCUGUGGCUCUCGGGGGCGUUGGGGCAGCCAGAGGUUUUCACCUGGGGCUGGUGGUUUGUGCAGUUCUGGUUCCGAAUUGGGGAACUGGCGCUCUCCUUUAUCCUGGUCUUGCUGGCUUGGCAGGCGCUUUGUCAGCACCGCGGUGCCACCGAGCACUCUUGCUGGGCCAAGCUGCUGCGCUACUUCUGCGCCUACCGCAAGGCCGAGGUGCCGGAGUACCCCAACAAUUGCUACGACUGGCCUGGUGGGGCCCUGGAGAAGGUGCCCAGUCACAACCUCAAUAAUAACCUGAUCCGGAACUCCCCCGGCGGCGGCGGGCUGCUCUGGGCUCUCAAGGACAGCAACGAGCUGCGCGCGGGGCCCGGCCGAGGCUCCAGCCCUUCUCCGAGGGGCGCGGCCUACAGCCCGAAGUGCCCCAACGUGGCCGCGGCAGCCAUGGGCCGUUCCUACACCAGCAUCUGCUUCGAGCGGGAGUCGGUCCUCUCGCUGGCCGAGCUAGAGUUCCGGCCGCCCUCGCCCAUCAACCUGAGCCGCAGCAUCGACGAAGCGCUCUUCCGCGAGCAUCUGGUGCGCGAGUCCAUCUUCCUGCGCUCCAGCCUGCGCUUCCCGGCGCGCCAGGACUCCUGCGCCUCGCUGCGCGGCGACUGUUCCACGCUGUCCCACGCGGCCCAGCCCCUGUUGGCCCAGCCCCGCCGGAGCAGCGACCCCGACUGCCUGUACAGCUUAGCGCGGACCGGCUCAGCGGAAGAGCUCCCCGGCCGGGGCCUGGCCAGCGAGCCCGCCACGGACACGUCCUUGGACAGCUUCUCGCGCACCUCCUUCUCCCGGGCCUCCCUGAAGAUCAGCUGGAACCCGUGGCGCCACGGGCUGUCCUCUCCCGAAAGCCUGCCCUCGGAGGAGCUGCCCAGCCAGCAGCUCCCGGCGCGCCACGAUCUCCCUCCGGCGCCGCCGUCCAGGAGCGCGCCCAACUCCGAGCGUGAGGCCCGGAAGAGCUUUUUGGCGCUCAGCAAGCAGGUGGACUCCCGCAGCCUCUCCAGUGACACCAUUGAAUUGUGAGAGGGGCGGCGGCUGAGGCCCUG